GACAAAUGUGACCGAUGCAGAUCUCUGUCCCGUUUGCAGUUUCGUCGCCAAGUGGAAUAAAAUGUAAAUUCACGGGAUUUUGUCAACGUAGCGAGAUGUCGGGUGGAUUCUUCGUGAAGUUGUGAAUCCGUCUACAGUGAAACCAUGCUGAAGUGGUUUUCCGGUGAAGAGGGAGAGCCUGGCUCUGGAGGCCCAGGCUCUCCCCGCAGUGCUGCUGGUGGUGGAGAGGUUGCUGUUGAAGAAAUGGCAGAGCGUCUGACCCAAACUGAGCAGCUUAUCACACAGCUGAAGGAGAUGAUCCGGGAAAAGGACGCAGCACUUCGCACCAAAGAUGACCAGCUCAAGGUGGAGAAGGAGGCGUGUGAGGCCAAACUGUCAAAGCUGCGUCUCCAGAACAAGGCCAAGGUGACGUCCCUCACAACACAGCUGGAGGAGCUGAGGAAACAGCAGGGGGGUCAGGGCACGCCAACGCAAAGCAAGAAGGGGUCAUCAGAAGGAGGAGGAGAACAAGCCAGCCGGGGCAAGAUUGUCUUACUAAAGAAGAAAGUGGAGGAGCUGGAACAGCAGCUUGCACAAAGAGACCAGGAGCUGGAGAACAAGCGAAAGGAGGUGGAGUCACAGCGGGAGCGAGGCGAGGAAAUGGACGCUAUGCUGACAGAGAAGGACAGGAAACUGGCAGAUAAAGAGGCCUACAUUGUCCACCUGCAGACAGCAUUGGCAGGAGAUCAGCCCAUCACACCUGCACCACAACAAAAGGUGGCAGAGGACAGUGGAGCAGAGCAGGAGCUCCAGCUGCUGGUGCAGAGUCUGACCAGGAAGGUGGGAGAAGCAGAGGAGCGCUACAGUUUGCUGCAGGAGCAGACAGACAGCCUGAAGGAGCUGCUGGCCACAGAGAAGGAGCAGUACAGUCAGAAGGAGACCAUGUACAAACAGAAUAUCCAGACUUUCAAAGACAUCAUUAUCCAGAAGGAUAACCAGCUGAUGGAGAUCAACCAGAUGCAUGAGCAGGAGCUCUUCAAGCUAGCAGCCAAGUCUGAUGCCAGUGCAGACUUAGAGCAGCUUUUGAAGGCUCUGAAACAGAAGCUCCAUGAGAAGGAGGAGGUGCUGCUGGGUAAAACCCAGGUUAUCGAUGUUCUCCAGGGGGAGGUGGACGGCAGGGAUCAGCAGAUAAAGGAUCUUACAGAGCGGCUUCGUCGGCUGCAGGUUGAACGAGAGAGCCUGGAAUCCAAGAUGGAGGCAGAGAAGCACGUGAUGCGGGCACAACUUCGUGACCUGAUGGAGAAACAGCAGGCAGAGGUGCGACGAAUGACUGAGCAGCAUCAGUCGCAGAUGGACCAAGCCCAGCAGGAUCUCCUGGGGCAGCUGGAGGAGCUGAGGAGGGCCUCAGUAGCUGCACCACCUGCCACUCAGGAGGCCCCAGGAGGUGGAAGCAUGCCUGCUGACUCCAUCCAAAGAAUAGCUGAGCUGGAAGCUCAAGCAAAACAAAAAACAGACGAAGCCAGCAGGUCAGAGGCCAAGUUCCUGAAAAUGAAAGCCUGGUCUAAAACUCGGAUCAGACAGUUGGAGGAGGAGUUGAAGAAAAGCCAGGCUGGUGUUGCCCCCCCGGACCUGACAGCCCUGCGGGGUCGUAUCACAGCCCUGGAGGAGGAGAGAGAGGAGAACAUCUGGAAGAUUGAGCAAUACGAGGAGCUCAAAACAAAGAAUGAAAUGCUGGAGGCCAAGCUGGUGGUGUAUGAGGAGCAACAGAGGACGCUACAAGCAGAUCUGGAGCAGUUCACCAAGAGGGCUGCUUCUCAGGCAAGUGAGUCGGGCAGUGCUGAUGACACUCAGAGCCAGGUCCUGGAGUGGCAGGAGAUGGUGGCUGAGGCAGUCAGUGCCAGGGACCGGGCCAAGGAGGAGAAAGCUGCCAUGGCCCUCCGCAUCAGCCACAUGGAGGAGGAGAGAGAGGGACUGAUUGAGGAUGACUGGUUCUUUCCUGGCUGCUCCGAUCCAGCACUGGCCACUCGGCAGCAGGAGUUGGAGGAGGAGCUGGCUCAAGCUCGGGGGCUCGGCCAACACAGGGCCAAGAAGCUGACGGCUCCGGCCCAACGAAGCCUGCAGGAGGACUUUGAGUUUGAUGGACAGAUGCCGUUCCAGGACCCACGCAGCACCUCGGAGAGCACCACCCCGAUGGAGGGAGAGAACAUGGGAGGUUGGUGGCCCGAGUACAGUACUCCUGAUACAGAUGGUUUACGGUCUGUUGUGGAGGAGCUGGAGCUGGAAAGGAACCAGCUGCAGGAGCAGAUACUGAGUCUGGAGGAGCGCUGUCAGGAUCUGGAGGACCGGCUGCAGCUGCAGGCACGCAUCGAGUCAUUACAGAAUGAGACGGAGAAGCUUCAAAGCCAACUUGCCAGCGUCCGAAGUCAACAGAGCAGAGAUGCAGAGAAGCAUCAGCUCCUGGUUAGCAGCCUCAACGAACAGCUCAAAGGGCUAAGCGACACACAGGAGUGCCUGGAAAGUUCCCUCAUUGAGAAGGAGAAUACGUUGGCCAAAACGUCGGAGAAACUUGAGCUCAUCAACAGCCUCAGAGAAUCUUUGAGUGAAAAAGAGAUUCAGUACAAAGAGGCGUCUGACAAGCUCCUUCAGGCCGAGCACACUCUUGAAAGCGUUUCUAAGAAAUGCAGCAGCUCAGAGAAACAGUGCUCGGAGUUGAAAACAGAAGUUGCAGACCUCACGCAGAAGCUGAGCGUGCUGAAGGAGAAGACACAAAAGCAGGACGUCACCAUCGAAACUUUACAAACUGAGCUCGAUCAGACGAACGAGGAGCUGGACAAACUAAACACUGCCCAUCUGGAGGAACGAGCCCAGCUCAUCCAUGACCUUCAAACCUGUGAGCGGGAAAUCGAUAGUCUUAAAGAUAUCUUGUUGGAAAAGGACAAGGAGAUAUCAGCCCUCUCUGCUAACAUGGUGGAGUACGCAGAGCAGGUCACAGAGCUGAAGCACGAGAUCAAACUCAAAGAAGAGAACCUGGUUCAUGUGGAGAACACACUGAGGAAAGCAGAGCAGGAGGCCAUGAUUAUCAGAGACUCGCAGAACUCAGACCAGCAGGCCCUGAACAGCAAGGUCACAGAGCUGGUCGGGAAACUCGGGGAUACUGAGAUGGAGUUAGUGAAGGCAAAAGAGGAAAGAGAGUCUAAAGUGGCCGAGGUGGAACAUCUGAUAAAGCAGGCAGAAGACGACAAGAAAAUGAUUCAGGACCUUCGAGGGGAGAUCCAGAAACAGAUUGUGAACCAUCGCAAUCAUCUCUCUGAAUGUGAAACACACAUCACCUCGCUAAAGGAAGAGCUGACUUCAUCCACCCAAAAGCUGCAGGAGUCGGAGGGACUUGUAAUGCAGCUCAAAGACAAAACCACCAACAAUGAGAAAUUACAGCAAGAGCUUCAUGAUAAAGAACAGACGUAUGAAAAAGAACUGAAAUCCUUCAAGGAAGAACACAACAAACUGCUGGCACAGGUGGAAAAAUACAGCAGCGAAGUUCAGACAUUGUCCAAACAAUUAGAGGAGCAGGUACAGAGCAAAGAACGAAUUCAGAAAGAGAUGCAGGAGAAACUGGAAACCAUAGCAUCGCUGGAAAACCAGCUAAAGGCAAAUGAUGAAGAAGCCGAGGAUGAGAGGCAGAAAUUCAACUGCAAACUGAAAGACCGGGAUUCAGAAAAUCAGAAGCUGAGCAGUGAGCUGAAAGGCAAAUCUGAAAAUAUAUCCAAACUCAAGAACCUCUUAAAAAACACGAAGACUGAGAAACAGCAGCUGCAGGAAGAACUCAGAGGGCUGACCGAGGAGCUUGAGAGAGAGAAGCAGAAAGUGAAAGAACUUCACGAAAAGAUUUCAAAUGCUCUUGAACUUAACAGCAGCCUGGAGAGUCAAGUGCGUUGCCUUACAAAAGAAAAAGAGGGACUUGAACUGGAAGUAACUGAAAGUGUAAAACACAUUUCAGACAUUAAAGCAGAGAAGGAAUCCUUCCAGGCCAAAAUAUCCAUGUUUGAAACACAGCAUUCACAAAACGGCACAAUUAUUGAAGGGCUACGAAAAGAUAAAGAGGAACUGACCGUUCGAAUCAAUGAGUUAAACAGAGUUCUUCAACAAAGCACACACUCGAACUCAGAGAUCCUGCUGGCAAAAACAAAUGAAUGUAGUAAUCUCAGCCAGUCGCUCAGGGAGAGGGAGGAUGAGGUGAACCAGCUGCAGGAACAAGUGCAAAGCUUGACCUCUGAGGUGGAGCGGCUCCGGCAUGACGCAGCAGAAACAGAGCAGACGGCUGCUGAACUUCGCCGGCAAUUAGAGGCUCAACGAAACCAGCGAACACAACUUCAGGAAACGCUGUCUCUGCUUCAAGAACAGGCACACAGCCUGAAGUCCGGGUUAACGGAGAAGGAUGCUGUGUUGAAAGAGAAGCAGGAAGAGUGCCGCAGUUUGGAGAAUGAAAUCACAGCUCAGAAAAAUACUGUGUCUGAGCUGCAAGCUGAGGCUGAAUCAGUCAACGAGGAACGCUCACAGCUCAGGCAGCGACUUCAGGAGAGAGAGGACAUGUUGAAAAAUGUGACACAACAAUGUCGAGAACACAAAGACGAGCUGAAUGAUUUAAACGAGACCGUUAAGUCUCUGAAUGAGCAAAUCAGCAUCAUGGAAGAAAAUACCAGGAAACUGGAGUCUGAGGAAGAGCAGAGGCAAACAGAGCUGACCGGCUUAAACAGCCACAUCCAGGCUCUCACUGAGGAAAACCUCCAGCUUCGUGCUUCCUGUGAAUCCACAGGAAAGGAACUGGCUCAGCAAACAAAGGUUGUAUCCGACCUUGAGGGGCAGCUUAAAGCAGCUCUGGAGCAGAACUCCAACUCGAGCGUGAAGAUCAGCAGUCUAACAGCAGAUACUCAGAGACUACAGGAAGAGUUAGCACAGAACAUAAGAUCUGUCUCUGAACUGACCACUGAGAGGAGUUUACUCCAAGAGAAACAUUCUGAGCUUGAAACCCGUGUUUUAGACAAUCAGCACAGAAUCAGCAGCUUGUUGAAGGAGAAGGAGGAGCUUACCGUCGCAGCAGAGGAACUAAGAAAAGUCCUCAGAGAGAACGAGUCGUCAAGUUCUGCAGGUUUGCUCGAGAAAACAAGUGAAUGUGUUAAUCUGACAAAAACGUUGAGAGAGCGAGAAGAACAACUUCACAGUUUACAAGAACAGGUUGAUGGCUUAAAAAUGCAAGUUGGUCAGCUCAACAUGUCCCUGAACGAGAAGGAGCAAACAUUAUCAGAGCGGAGUUCUCAGCUGGAGUCUCAGCAGAACCAACUGCUGCAACUUCAUGACACUAUAUCUGUGCUUCAGGAGCAAGGAUCUGCCUUCAAGUCAUCGCUGAGGGAGAAAGAUGCAACGAUUCAGCAGAAAGCAGAGGAAUGUCUUGUUUAUCAGAAUGAAGUCAAGCUACAGAAAGACCUCGUAUCACAGGUACAGACUGAGGUACAGUCGCUGAGGCGGGAGUGCUCGGAGGCGAAGCAGCAGAUAGAACAGAAAGAACAGACGUUAAAACAAGUAACAGCUGAGUUCGAGAACCACAGAGAUGAGCUGAAUAAACGAAACGAGUCUGUGAUUUCACUCAGCAGUCAGCUCGGUGCCAUGAACGAGAGUGCCGCAGAGAUGGAGGCUGAAAUUAUCAACCUAAACGCUGCUGUGCAGAAACUCACUGCAGAAAAUUGUCAGCUGACGCAGGAGGAGGGCCGGAGGGAAGCAGAGAUAAUCGAUUUUAAAGACAGCAUUCAGGCUCUGAAUGAGCAGAAUACAAGACUGAAAUCUGAACUUAGGAACACAGUGACAGCUCUUUCCAAAGCACAAGAAGAAGUGACAGAUAUCAAAAAAUCUGUCCUCGAUAGGGACAACGUGCUCAAAGCGGCAUACUCAGAGCAGGAGGCGCUAAAUUUGACCAUGAAAGGAAAAGAGGAGUCUCUGAAACAGCAGGAGAAUUUAAUCCAGCAGCUCAGCAGCAGGGUUUCUGAGCAGGAGGAGCAGCUGAAACAGAAAACACACGACAACGCCUGUUUGUGUGCUAAAAUUUCAGAGCUUGAAGAUUCUGCCGGUGAGUUCAGAGGCCAAGUGGACAGUCUCACCUCAGAGCUGUCCAUACUAAAAAAUACUUUGGAGGAAAAGGAACAGUCAAGUCUUGAAUAUCAGACUCAGUCUUCAGCUGCUGUUGAAAACCUUAAUUUAAGUCUACAAGCCAAAGAGGCAGAAUGUGAGAGCUUGAAAGAACAGAUUUCACACCUUGAAGAGUCAGUCACAAAACUCAGCGACACCCUCCAGGUACAGAUAUCUGAAGCAGAGCGUGUGAAAAAGGCCCUGCUGGAAAAAGAGGCAGCGCUUUUGGGCCAUUCACAGUCUCUUCAGGAUAUCCAGAGAAGAGCAGAUGAGGCUUCGCUCUUCAAAUCUCAGUUCAUGGAAAGCACAGAGUUGGUGUCACAGCUACAGAGUCAGAUUCAGUCACUGUCCACUGAGUCUGAAAACCUCAGAAGGUCAUCAGAGGAAACACAAAGUGCCUUCAGCAACCUGCAAGAGAAAUAUGCCGCUAACCUCGAGGAGCUGCAAGACGUGAGGAAGCAACUCUCCCGAAGGACCGAUGAGGUGUCCAACCUCCAGAAGUUACUGGACACUUCCAAUAACGAACAUCACACAGCAACGGCCACCAUAGAAACACUGAGACAUGAGUUAUCAGAGAUCCAACACAAACUUGGGGAAACUCAGGACCUGAACUCCAGUCUCUCAAAGGAAAAGGAUGAAGCUUUCUCUUCUCACCAAGCGAGUGUGUCACUGCUGACUGUUGAAAUAGAAAGGCUCAAAUCACAACAUCUUCAAGUUGCUGCACAAAUGAAUGCACUGACCGAAAACCUGGAGCAGAGAGAAAUGGCGCUCCACGCAAUCAACAGCCAGUACACAGCUCAGGCCAAACACGCAUCUCAGCUGGUUUCAGAAAUACAGAAGCUAGAGGAGCACAAUAAGAGACUACAUGAGGAAAUGAGUUUGUCAAAGGAAGAACACCAUCAGAUACGGACAUCGCAGGGGGAGCUGCAGGGGAGCCUUCAAGCAAAGGUUAGUGCCAAAGAUGAAGAACUUUCUCUGUUAAAAGAAAACCUUCAAAAGAUAGAGCAAAUUCUGCAGGAUUCUGAGAAAGAGUGGCUGUUAGUUCUGGAAAGAGAAAAACAGGAUAAGAAUCUACUUGCAGAACAAUUGAAAAGUGUUGAAAAUGAAAUGAAAUCUAAAGAUGUUAAAGUUAAUGCUCUGAAACAAGACUUGGACAGUUUGCAGGAGAAACUAGCAGAGGCUUCCUCUGCAAUUAGGCAAGGGUCUGAUCAGCUGAGCGCAAAAGAGUUAGAGGCGUCAGCGUCCAGGAUUCAACUUGAGAAGGUUUUAGCAUCUUUUCAGGAAAAGGAUAAAGAGAACGAUAUUGUGCAACAGGCUCUAAAAACUGUGGAAUAUGAGUUACAGAAACUUUUAGCGAGUAAAAUUGGUCCUGACAAAGACUGCUCUGAUUGGCUGCCAGCCUCAUCUGACAGAUCGGAUGCUGUGAGUGACAGACAAGCGUCUUUACAGGACAUGAUGAAGCAGUUAGAGGAAAGACAUCAGUCUGAGGUAGACGCUUUGAAAAAUGAGCUGGAUAAAACUGUAGAUGAAUUACGUAAAACGCAAAAUACACUUCACGAAGGGGAGAGGAGGAACGACGAGAAAGGUCAACGAGUUGCUCUCCUGCAAGACGCUGUGGAGCAUUUACAGGCUCAGCUCACUGCUGAAUCACAGAAAGUGAAAGAAGCUGCUGCCAAACGCUCCUCUUUACACAGUGAAGUGCAAGAAAAAGAUGAGCAAAUCAACUGUAUGAGCAUUCAGAUAAGUCAGCAGAAGGAAUUACUUGCUGGACUUAGUCAGCAGAUAAGAGAUAAGGACGCAUCCAUUGCCCAAGUAAUGGAAUCUGCCUCAAAUGAAAGAGUGAAGCUUUGUGAGGAAAAGGCUUGUCUAAUAGCACAAUUAGAAAACAUGGAGCAAGCACAGAAGACCUCCAUGAAGAGGCUUGAAGAGAUUUCUCAGCAGUUAGAAGAUCGUAUUUCACUCUCGCAAAGUGAAAUUGACUCAAAGAAUUCAGAGAAGCUCGAGCUGGUGAAGGAAAAGGAUGAUCUUAAAGGUGAACUGUCUAAGGUCUGCAAAGAAAAAGAGGCCAUGAAGAAGAAGCUUCAGGCCGCUCUCAUUCUGAGGAAGGAUCUGCUGAAAAAAAUUGAGGAGUAUGAAAGCCAGAAAGAAGAGAGCGUGAACAAUAAAACCGAGGUUUCACUUUUACAUGGUAAAAUACAGGAGAUAACAAACGAAGCUCAGGCAACAGCAAAGAUGUAUCAAGAAAAAGUUUCUCUUCUAGAACAGAAAAUUCGUGAGAAAGAUCAAGAGAUUCUAGACCAGAAAACAGAGAGUGAAAGACUUGUUGAACAGUUACAGUCAGAAAAACACACAUUGCGAGCCACGUUAAAUGAAAAAGAAGCACGUUUGUCAGAAAAAUCGCAGACACUCAAUGACCAAAGCUCCUUCAUCGAGCAGCUGCAGUCCAGUGUGGCCGAGAAAGAAGCAGCGUUUGAACAGGACAGAAACAGCUUGAUACAGAAGUUAGAAGAGCUUCGAAAUGAAAUGAAGACGUGUAAAGAUGAGUUACAGGACAAAUCUGCCUCCGCUGCCACUGCUGUUGAUUUAGAAAAUGAGCUUGCACAGGUGAAGUCAGAAAAAGCGAUGCUACAGAAAAAGGCCCAGGCUGCGCUGCUGGCACGCAAAGAGACAAUGAAGAAAGCUCAAGAAAACGAGAAGAAACUAACUCAAGAACUGGCCGAGCUGAAAGACGACUACAAGGCUCUCCUAGAACAACACUGUCAGCAGACAAACGAGCUCAAUAACCUCCAUAGAACCUCUUUGUCUUAUCUGGAUGAACUGGACACCUUGAGACAGCUGGUUGAGGAGCGCGAUAAAACUCUUCAAGAUCUGAAGAUGUCUCUGGCUGAGAAAGAGAGCCAGUGCCAUUCUCUGUCACACUUGCAAACCGAGCUAGAAACUGUUAAAUCCAAAGCAGAGACCAUGUCUCUUGAGAUGGCAGGUAAAGAUGAGGCUCUGGUCGCCAUGGGACAAAGAGCAGAAGCUUUGGAGUCACAACUGCUCAUGUUAGAGAAGGACCUGGAGGAAGCCCAUGAAGAAGUGAGAGAGAAAACAGAAGAGGUCGAGAAAUAUAAGGAAAGAAUCAAAGUCUCUGAGGCUGAAAGCCAACAGGAGAAGCAAGUUUUAUUUAACGAGCUCCAGCAGGAACACACCUGUGCCAGUGAAGAAAAGUAUCAGGUCUUAAUGGAAGAAAAGGAGGCUGCUGUGCAGCAGUGUAAUCAGAUGAAAGUGGAACUUGAGACGGCUCUUGCUUUAGUUUCACAGAAAUCCUUGGAGGUUUUAACCAUCCAGAAAACAUUAGCAGAAACACAACAGCAGCUCAGCGAGGACAAAAGUGUUUUGACGAAGGAGCUUGAAAAAGGACAGAAGCGUUGCACUGAGACGGAAAGGAAUUUGGACUUGUUAAAGCAAGAAAAUGAAAAUGCUUCAAGGCUCAUUUGUGAACUCAGAGGUGAGGUGACCACGCUGAACGAGCAGCUACAGGAGGCAGAGAAACAUCAAAACAUGCCUGAAACAUGCAUCAAACAGGAAGAUGUUAACGAAGAAGGAGACCGUUUCUCUUGCAGCUGUGCUGAGAACUUCAAAGUGAUACUGAAGGAGAAAGAUGAUGCCUUAUUCGUUUCUCAGGCUCAAGUUGCAGAAAAGGAGGAACUAAUUGCUGCACUUGAACUACAGUUACAGCAGCAAAUGAAAAUGCAUGAAAAUGCCAUAGAAAAAAUGAGAGUAGAGGCUGAUGAGCUUCAGAAGUCUCGAGAAGAUGGCAACAAAAGGAACGAUCAGGACAACCAAAGCAAAGCUGCUCUCCUAACCAGGAAGCUUCAGGCAGCUUUGGUUUCUAGAAAAGAGCUCUUGAAGGAAAAUGCGACUCUCAAGGAAGAAGCAGAAAAGCUGUCGGCCAAACAUGAAGCGAAGGAAGCUGACUGUUUUGUUCUGGAAUCAACGGUUUUGAAGUUGAAACAGCAAAAUGUGGAUCUGGAAAGCUCUGUGUCAUCUCUGAACAAGGAGAAAGAUGAGCUCAGCACCGAAAUUGAUCGCAUCCUCAACGAUAAUCGCAGCCUAUCAGCAGCCUGCGACAGCUUGAAACUAACCAUAGAAAACAUCACUCAGCAGAAGCAAGCCUUUUCAUGCCAGCUGGAAUCUCUUAAGGACUCUCAGACAGAGGAGCUGUCCAAGUGGAAGUCACAGCAUGCUGAGCUGAAACAAGAGUACGAGUCUCUUUUACAAGCUUAUGAAAACGUCAGUUGUGAAAUGGAUAAGAUGAGGCAGCUUUUAGAGGGGGCCAAACGAGACAGACAGGACGCCCUCCGGAAAGCACACAAGCAUGAGACUGAGAUGGAGAUUCUGCAGAAACAAGCCAGAGACGCGGAGGAGGAAAAUGAACGAAUUAAAGAGAGGAUGCACAAAUUUUCCAAAGAGAAACGGCAGAAGAUUGGGGAGCUGGAAGAAGAGAAUCAGAAAAUUAGAAUAGAACUGACUGAGCAUGAAGGAAACCACAGAAUGGAAAUGUGCAAGCUGACUGACAAAAACAAACAACUGGAGGCUGAGAUUCGCCAACUUAAAGAGUCCUCGGAGGAUCUCAGAGUCACACUUACAGAGGUGCAGGCUGAAAAUAGCCAGCUGGCAGAGAAACUGGCAGAGGCCAGCUGUUCACUGGAAAACAAGCACUUGGAAUCAAACACAUACACAAACAACAUGCAGCUGAAACUUGAUGAAGCACUCGGUUUGAAUAAUUCACUGACUGCCCAGAUCGAGUCCCAGAAAACAGAACUCGGUGCUCAGCUGGAAAUCAACAAUUUGUUACAGAAGGAGAAGCAAAAUCUUUCCGAAAGAAUCGAGAAGAUACAGAACGAUCACGAAUUGCAGUUGGGAAAGAAAGACGAUGUCAUCACAGAGCUAAGAGACAUUAUUAACCGACACAGCCAAGAGACUAUUAGCCUUAAUGAGAAGGUGAGGAUCUUGGAGGACGAUAAGUCUCUUCUGCAAGAGGAGCUUGAAAAUGUUCAAGAGAUUUCAGACAAAGUGAAAAAUGAAAAUGAAUAUUUGGAAACUGUGAUCCUGAAGAACUCAGAGCGGAUUGAUGAACUGACCGAGUCUGUCGGUGCUUUGCAGGCCCAUAACACACAGCUGUCCUCUCAGCUGGCAGCGAGCAAGGAGAUGAGCGAUCACGUUCGUCAAGAAAAAGAGGAGGAGCAGCUCAGAUUAGUCAGAGAGUUUGAGGAGAAACUCAAGUCGGUUCAGAGAGGCAGCGAGGGGUCCAAGAACGUGAAGAAGGAACUGCAAGAGCUGCUGAAAGAAAAGCAUCAGGAGAUAAAUCAGCUGCAGAAAAACUGUAUUAAAUACCAGGAGCUGAUUUUAGACUUAGAGAGCUCUCUGAAGAGCUCGCAGUCAGCCUGUGAACACUUGGAGAAAGAAGUGAAGAAAAGUUCUGAGAAGAUUUCAGUUCUCGAAGAAAGAAGUAAACAAGUUGAAGCUGAGCUGAUUACGCACAGGAAUCUCGUCCAGGAGGCCACAGAAAAGAUUGUGAGUGUUGAAUCUGAAAGGGACCAGCUGGCUCUGGAAAUAUCACAGCAAAGUGAGCAGUCUAAGGAUCAGGCCACGGAGACAACAAAACCUACACAAAAUGUAGACGAGAAACAAGUGAAUUCAUACAUGGAGAAUCAGUUUGUGUUGCAGCAACAGAUCGAUGACCUCAAGGAUUUAAAAGACAAAGAGACUCAGAAGGUAAAUGAGCUGAGACAGUAUGUAGACUCUCAGGAGCUACAGAUGAACACUCUGAAGAGAGCAAAUGAGACUAAUGAAGCAAAGCUGUCUGCUCUAUCUUCCACUCCUCAAGGUGCAGAUGCUGCAAAACUUUGGAAUGAUUUGUAUCAGAAGACCUUAAACGAGAAGGAUAACCAGCUCCUCGAACAGGGCUUUGUGAUCAAAAGAUUCCUGGAAGACAUGAGAGUGAAAGACAAAGAGGCGAAUGAGCUACGGGUCACCAAGUCAAGACUGGAAAGGACGCUGAACGAAUACUCCGUCGCCGCCGCCGCGCAGCAGAGGCAGCUGUUUGUAAUGAGCGCGAGCAACGCUGAGCUCACUGAGUCCGUGGAGCUUAUGACGGUGCAGGUGAAGGAACUCGGUGCUCAGGUGGAAAGAAUAGAACAAGAUAAAAACGCGCUCAGCCGGCAGCUUGCUGACAGAGAGGACGUGAUUUCCCAGAUGCAGCUGAAUCUUCAGCAGCUGGAGAAAAUAAACGCAGACACAGACGCUCAGCUGCUUCUUUUACAAACUCAAAACGACAAACUUCAAGCUGACUUUGAGAAACAGGAGGGAAUUUCUCUGCAGCUGAAAACUCUGCUUCAGAGCAAAGACGCCGAGAUCUCCUCUCUGUUGUCCUGUAGAGACGGACAGAUGUCAGGGUAUCUAGAACAGCUCCAGGCUAAUUAUCGCUCCCAGGUUGCAGUGUAUGAGGACAGGCUAAUGUCAUUACGGUACCAAAGGGAAAAGACUGAUAAAGAGCUGAGAGGGCUUGAAGCCAAGGCCAGAAGCCUGCAAAUGAAAGUUAACAGAUCUGUCCAGGAAAAGGAGCAGAUGGCAGCGAAGAUGGAGUCAUUCAAGAACUCAAUGGUGUCUUUACAAAGUGAACGGGAGCGACUGAUGUCAGAAUACAGAAUCCUUCAAGCAAAGAGCGAGUUAGGGUUAAAGGGUAAAGAAGGCUCUGCUGACGGAGAGGGUGGUGCAGCCAAAGGCCUUAAACAUGAAAUAAGGAAACUGUUACAUCAAAUGGAUGAUCUCAAUUCAGAGAACGCUAUGCUCAGGGCUCAGCUGGUUCGGUACAGAGAAGAUUUGAAUCAGGUUUUAUCCCUGAAAGACAACCAGCUGAAGGUACUGCUGAAGAAGCAGCAGGACGUGAUCAAAAACCUUGAAAACCAAAAGGCCGCAGCUGAAAAGCAGCAGAGAGAGUCUCGGCUGGAGCUCCAGAAGGAAGAAGAGGCAAGCAAUACGUUAAAUGCAGAGAUUUCUAAACUCAAGGCUCAGGUUUCAAAACUGGAAACAGAAAUAUCGACUCAGAAAAAGGACAAAGCCUCGACAAAUGAGGGCAGAGUGAUUGCUAAUUUGCAGGAAGCUGUGGCAGCCAAAGCAGCUGAGUGUAAUGACCUCCAGCAAAAACGCCACGCUCAGAAAAUCUUAAUGGACGAGCUCAAGGCAAAACUGCAGCUGGUGGAAAAUGAGACAGACAAAAAACUGGCUGAAGCUGAAGAUAAAUACAACAUGGAGCUGGACACGUUCGAGCGUGAGGUGGAGCUGAUGAGGAACGAGCAAGAGACAGCCGAUCAGCGGGUGGCAGAACUUGCGAAAGACCUUCUCGAAAUGGAGCAACAGCUUUCGGAGGCCAGGACUCAAAGUCAAAAUAUGAAGGCUCAAAAUGAGUCUCUCUGCAAAGCCAUGGCUGUUCUGCAGAAUGAUCGCGACCAGCUCAUCGAAGACUUCAAGAUCCUGAGGAACAGAUACGACGAAGAACUCCAAGAGACUCAGGCAGCCUUGAACAAGGUGGAGCGCAGCCUGCAGGACACCACCUCUGACUUGGCCAUGUUUGCCAAAGAGAGGGACAUCCUUGUUCAUAAAUUAAACGCGUUAGAGAGCAAAGACACACACACAGAGUUGACCAAGUUGUUGGAUGAGGUGUCGAAGGCCUUGUCAGAGAAAGAGAGGGAGCUGAAGCAGGUCGUCUUGGAAAAUAACACGUACAGCAGGCAGCUGUCAGCUUUCUCCAGAUCCAUGGCCAGCCUCCAGAACGAUCGCGACAGGCUGAUGGAUGAGUUGAUCAGGACCAAACGAGUGGUUGAGUCCAGACAAGGGUCGAGCCCAGAGGCCGUCUCUUCCACGAGUAAAGGAAGUGGCGUCAGUGCCUUCCAGAGUGAGAAAGAUGGGCUGAAAACGGGUGAAACUGUGCAGAAGACGCAGACUCACAGAACCCCACCUGAAGACGUCAGCAGUCGUCAGGAAGAAGGAACAACUCUGAGGUCUGACAGAGAGAGGAAGGACACCACACCGGUCAAGGAAGCGGCUGCUCUGGCAGCUCAGAGUGGAACGGAGGAGGUGGUGAGUCGGAUGGAGGCAGAGAGGGUUCAGCUUCACAGAGACCUGCAGCGCCUCAUGUAUGAGAUCCAGCAACGGGACCAGUACUUCCAGCAACUCAGCGCCAAGCUGCAGCAGGCCGUGGAGGAGAAAGGUGCGGUGGCAGCUCAGCUCAGAGCUGUUUCCCAAACCCUGAGGGACACACAGAACCGCUGCCACUGGCUGGAGAGUCAGGUCCAAGGCCAGGCUCAGCAGGGGGCAGUAUACGCUGAGGUUGCACCUGGAGCUCCACAGGAGAGAAGCAGCGACUCUGUGAUUGUUCAAACUGCUGAAGCCAGUCAGCUCAGAGAAAGGCUGCUGGAGGUGGAGCAGAGUCUGGCAGAUGAGAGAUCCAGGAGAGAGACGGCUGAGGCGGCUCUGCGUCUCGCUGAGGACAGAGCAAAGAGUGUGGGCUCCAUGUCCAGAGACGGUAGGGAUUUCAGCAUUGAGAUGGAGACAGAGGAGGAGUGGGAGGCUCUGAGUCUGAACCCGAACCAGCCUCUGAUUACACGAAAGGUGAAAGGUGGGAUGGUGACGUGUCGACGCUGGCUCAGGGGGCGGAGCCUCUACUUCUCCAGGCUGCUGACGAGCCGCGCCCGCUCUCGAUAUUUCUUUCUGGCCUACUUGCUCACGAUACACGUGCUUGUCCUCAUGUGCCUCACUGGAGCGCUGUAGAGAAGGGCAUGCUGGGAACACACAGGCUCACGGUUAAAACUUAAAGCUGAAGUCUGUUUUUUUUUUUUAGCUAAUACAGUAUUUUCUGUCCUGUGAGUCGUGAAUCCUGGUGAAACACUAACUGGAGCUGGAGAUGCUCCGUGCUCUCAGCCAGCCACACCUUUCCUGGUUACCUGUUCAGUCGAUGGUAUCAUCCUCUGCUAACAGCUGGAGACAUCAGCAGAGGUGAGACGUGAUGAAACGACGAUGCUCUGCCGUCGAUUCUGUCUCUGACAUCGAGUUUCCAGCUGCGAGUCGUCACUCUCUGAUUAACCUGAGGUUUGUUUGUUUGUUUGUUUUGUUGAUUUGAUGCAGCAGCGAUGGCAGAGCUGUUCUUCGGUUAGUUUAGCUCUUCUGUUUGUUCCCUGAUGCUGAACCAAGCCUUAAAGCACCAUCCUCCCUCUUCUUCUCUGUUCGUUCUGAUAACACGCAGGUUUCCUUAUUAUUAGAAAGAAGAGAAGGACAAACACUUUGAAGAAGGUGUAGAAAGCCAUACUGUUUAACACUACUGUAGAACUCCUGUUUUAAAUCCCGUAUCGUCUCCACCGUGUUGCUCUUCCCCUGAGCUGGGAGCAAACACGCGAACAUCCCGUCUGUCGGCGUUUGCUUUACAUCCAAACCACGAACGCUGGCACCAGCUGCUGCUUCACUCGCCUGCCUGGUUUCCUACUUUGCACAUAAUCGUGAUGCUGAGUUAAAACUAUGCACUGAUUCUCCAGAUGUGUGUUUGAUCAUCUCAGAAAGCUCAGAAGCACUACGCCUCUCCCACCAUGUUCCCUUUAAACUGUAAAUCCAAAGCGUCUGCGUCUGUACCUGCGUCUGUACCUGGGCAGUCUGAGUAAGUGCUGUGUUUAAAGUUAGUGGGAGAUUAAAAAUAUCGUUGUGUGCCAUUGAAAGUGUACUGCAAAAAAAAAGAAAAGAUAUAAGAACACAAACUGUAUUUAAGUUUUUCUGUAUUUAUGUGCAUCCUCAGAA